AUGGAUACAGAAGAACUUGAAUUCCAGUACGCUAAUGAGUGUGAUUUAGAAAUACAUUGCUCACCAUUUGGCUUAUCAGGUUUAUAUAUUAAAGUAAAAGGGUCUAAUAUCAUGGGAAUUGGGUCUACUAUGGGAUUAAUCACGGGCUCAACGAAAGGAUUGAUACACUACAACGACUGUCAGGACUUAAUUGAUCAAAAAUACAAACUCUAUGUUGUUGUAGACGAUGAUGGGAUGCUUAGAAUUGAUUUUACCAAAAUUUUCACUCUUCCAAAACGCAAUAAUAGUAAAGAAGGCGGAAAUAAUCAAGAUAGAGAAGGAAGCUUAAAAGGAGACCAUAAUCCUAGCAUAAGCAUGUCACCUACAGCCACAAGUGGUGAUAAUUCGUACCCUUCGUCGUUAAAAAGCCCGCUUGAUAACUCGAACUCGAGUGAAGGAAAAAGUGGUUUGGAUGAAGAACUGUCUCACCAAAACGAAGUCCCUGCUCUAGUUUUUAGAGGGAAGUGUCCUGACGGAAGACCUGACAAGGUCGAACCGUUUAUCGGGAUCUUUUCCUUCGAGCGAGAAGAGUAG